AUGAAAUCCGUGCAUCAACUGGCGUUCUCCGAUGCCAUAAAUGGCAACAGAUGCAAUAAAGUCCUACAACAACAUCCUCCUGCAAUUUCGGAGAGAAAGAACUUUCGUCAACAGCCAACCUGUUACAACAACUAUUCCGGUUGUAAAAAAGAAGCUCGCAAAUUAAUUACAGGCAUUGUUGUUGAGCUAUUAGCAUCGGUUCUAAUUGGUUUCGGUGCCUAUGUGAUCUGUACCAAUGACACAAACGAUAUUGGCACUAUGGGUGCCUAUGGUUAUAUAGCCAUUGGUGUAGCCACAUUUGUGGUCUUUAUAUUUUUAAAUGUUGGCGCCAUCCGAAACAAUGUGUGCUGUACAGUGACGUUUAUCAUUCUUAUGGUGCUGGUGAUAUUGGCUCAAGCUGUUGUUGCUUUCUUCAUGCUAGCUGGCAAGGAAUCGGUUGCCUCCAAUCUUGCAAAUUCUCUGGAUGCCACAUGGGAGAGGGAACUAAAGGAAGAAGGUGCUAUGUCGAUUUAUGAAAAUUGGUUUGAAUGCUGCGGCCGUGCCAGCCCUCAGGAUUACAUUGUUGCCGGACGUAUGCCACCAGAAACAUGUUUUGUGGGUCAUGAUAAAAGCAUGGCUGAAAAUCUCAUUGAAAGUGGUUGCCGCAUCAAAUUCGAAGAUUAUUGGUUGGAAUUAUUGGGUAUCUUCAAUAUUCUGGCAUGUGUUUUAAUUGGUUUGGAGCUUAUACUGUCGUUUAUUGCCUGCUGCUUGUGUGUCAGUAUUCGAAAUGAACGUCGAAGAACGUAUUACUAA